GGCCCCGGAGAUUAUUUUGGGCCUGCCAUUUUGCGAGGCCAUUGACAUGUGGUCACUUGGCUGUGUGAUAGCCGAGCUGUUUCUGGGCUGGCCCCUCUACCCCGGAGCGCUGGAGUACGACCAGAUCCGGUACAUCUCUCAGACGCAGGGGCUUCCUGCCGAGCAGCUGCUCAACAAGGGGACAAAGACCUCACGCUUCUUCACCAAAGAAUCUGACUCUCCCUACGCCUCCUGGAGACUAAAGACCACAGAAGAGCACGAGAAAGAGACGGGACUGAAAUCCAAAGAGGCCAGAAAAUACAUCUUCAGCUGUCUGAAUGACAUCGCUCACGUGAACUUGGUGCUGAUUCCUGAUAACUGCGACAUGGAAGCAGAGAAAGCAGACCGGCGGGAGUUUGUGUCUCUUCUUAAAAGCAUGCUGCUGAUCGACGCCGAGGACAGAACUGUUCCCUCUAGUGUCCUAAAUCAUCCGUUUCUCACCAUGACUCACCUGCUGGACUUCCCCCACAGCAACCACGUGCAGUCGUCGUUCCGCAUCAUGGACAUGUGCCACAGCCGGCCGAGCAACGCCGUGUUCGAUGCGCUGAACCAGAACACCAUCCAUUUAACCCGGCCCCCCUUAGCCCCCGCUGCGACCUCCGGCCUUCCCAUGGGCUACAGUAACAUCCCGGUCCACACGCAGUCUUUAACCCAGUCGGCUCCAUCCGUGUUGCACCCUGGGAUCGCUCAGUUUGGAUGCAGUGAUUCCUUCCCACCUGCUCUUCUUCUUUGUCCUCCUACAAUGCAAGGUAACCUGAACCAACCAGCAACCUAUUCUGUCCCCAUGGUAACUCAAGCCCCUCCCAUACAGCCUCUACCUGUGAGGCCUGGCGUAAUAGCCCAGCAGGCCUGGUCCAGUCGGGGUCAGCAGCUUCUGGUCCCAGCAGCCUGGCAGCAGAUGGCUCCCGUGGGCCCUCCUCCCUCCCACCCACCUCCACCUCCUCCCUCUUUAACCAGUGACACUGCAGCAGGCCCACCGAGGAUCAGCGACUGGGGGAAAGUGCGCUCUCACGGCGGCCAUUUUAACGCAAUGAUGCAGCAGCCGCUCCUGAAUAAUCAGAUUCCAGCCCUCUCCGCUCAUCAGCCAAUCAACAUCGGCAUCGCUCAUGUCGUGUGGCCCCAGCCGGCCAGUAAGAGGAACAGACAAGGACACAACAGGAACCUGUCCCACCACAACAACAUCCACGUCUCAACAUGCCGGUCCCCCAAAAUGGCCGACGUCGUGGGGCAGGCAGCGGCAGGGAGAGAGCAGCCUCAGAGGGUGAUGCCCCUGGUGGAAACCCGGCGGCCGGGAGUCCAGAACACCAACGAGGAAGAAGACGGCGCCGAGCACGGGGUGAGCUGCUUGAAACAGGCGGCGCCGGACGCCAGCAGGCAGGCGGAGCUUUCAAGGCAGCCGCAGAGGGACGCGGCGGUCCUCAUGGCCGACACCCCGAGCCCUGCUCCCAGCGCGAUCAGCAUCCGCAGUGAUGUGAGCGACGAGGACGAGGGAAAUCCCCGGGGUUGUCCUCUGAAUCAAUGCAAAGAGGCGUGUGUGUGUGAGGCUUGCAGAAACACCAGCGUGUCCAUGGAGAGAGUGUGUUCUCUCAGCAGCCCCGACAGCAGCCUCAGCACCAGCUCCUUCGUCUCCACCUCCCUGCAGUCCAGUCCUUCAGCAUCGCCGUGCAAGAGGCCCAACAGUAUGUCAGAGGACGACGGUCACGAGAGCGGUUGUGACACGGUGGAAGGCUCGCCCACGUCCGACACAUCCACCUCCCCACGAGGCAACCGUGCCUACCGUUACCUCAACAACAACAACAACCGCCCGCCUCUGGCCGGCACGCUGGCACCCCUGACUUCCCCCGCCGAGCCGGACCGGAGCCCCCGCGGCAUCAGGACCAUGGUGGUCCCACCCAUGAGAGUGCAGGGCAACAACGCUCACUGCACAGACGAGCGCGUCCAGAGAACAGUCUCAGAGUCCUGGUCCCGGUCCAAAGGGCGCUGCAGCCUCAUAGGGCAGCAGAGCACUGCCUCCUCCGUCCCCCUCUUCCCUUCCGCCCCCAUCUUGUCCCGGCAGCAGAAGGUGACAGGGCAGCAGCACCCUCUGAGCUUUGGUCAG